AUGGCCUCGUCGGAUCCUGUACAACCCCUGCGCCUAUCCAAGAGCAGCUCUCCUCCCAAGAUGUCGAGUGCUAUUCCACGCCCUCUUUCUGAGAUUUCUCCUUCCGAGAAGCGAAGGAACUCCCCUAGCUGGAAGGAGGCGACUAAGAAGAUGUCCUUGAACACCGACUCGUCACCGUUCAACAGCUCCCCGCUGGACGGAAAGGCCUUUCCUCGGCUGUUCUGGCAGAGUAGGAACAACGAGAACAGCACAUACGGCUCAGGCUCGCCGUCGCCAACCCGCCGAUCCUCCAUCGAGCGCCUGCAGAAGGCUUCACGCGUCAAGAACAGCAACAUCCUCGCCCUCGAGCAGAAACAAGAGUAUGACCCGACUAGGGUCCCCCAGGUCGAGCGGCCGCUUUCAAAAGUCCAAGGCAAUGCCUUUGGCGGGACUGGCAUCAGCGGAUAUCGUGACAACAAGGCUUUUGCCCACACAAGAUCAGAAAGCCAGACCAGGAUCCCUCAAUACAGCCCAACCAAGUCGCCUCCUCCACUGUCCACUUCUCCUUCCUUGACACGCAAUUCUCCGCCAAACGGCCCAAGACCAGCAAGCAGGGACCAGGCGUCCCCGACCAAGUCCUCCCUCGCACCCAGCCGGUUCAAAAACAGCUUCGACGUCGACAACGAGCUCAACUCUUCGGGGUCGUCAUAUGAAGAUCGUGAGUUGCCAUCCGGAAUGGCCCUCCAUCGUCAUGCCAAGAGCGUCACGUUCGACAAUGCACCCCCUCAGAUUAACGAGUAUGAGAUGGCCACUCCGGACAUCUCAUCCAUCGCCUCGAGUUCUCGGGAAGGCAGCAUCGACUCGGAGGAUGACGAUGACGACGACGAAGAAGAGCAUUAUUUCAUGGGAGCCGACGACCAUGAUGACAGCUUUGACGCAACUCUCGAGGACACUGUGAAGACGCCCGUCGUUCUCCCCGACGACUGGCGCCAGGACAUGGCCAACCCUAUGGACGAGGUUCUCGAGGGUGGCCCCAUGCUUGAUGGCUUUCACAACUUCCCUGCUGGCGAAAUCCCACAGCAAGAUCGUACAGAUUCACGCAACUCCAAUGGUGAUCACAGGCCCUUGCCACCUCUGCCCCCUCCUCCAGGCAUGUUUAGUGAGAGACGGAACUCAAACUCGUCACUUUCCGCAACCGCUGAGAGAAUGAUUGGGUCCUCGCGGACCUUGCCGUCUCCCCCUCCUGCAUCUUCAUUCUCAAAAUCUGACAUUCAAAACAUUGGUAAUGGCAAGAUGACACUGGAAGAACGACUCAAGCUCAUGAUGCUCUCUGACGAUGGCAAAUCAGCCGCUGAACAACAGCGAGAGCGAAGGAUGAGACGGGCCGGCACUCGUGACCGUGCGGAUAGUCAGACUCCAGAAGUCGAGCUUCACGAUCCAUUGAUCUCAGCCGAGGAGGAUGACACUCUCCCAGAACUGUCAGGGUUGGGCGACUACGAGCUACCGGCAAAGAUUUCCCGCGAAUCUAUCAUGCGCCGCGUGGAUGGUAAUCAGGCGUCAGAGCGGGAAUCUGACUACAACUUCUCUUCACCUCCACCAAGCUCCCCCGAGCGUCCGCUUCCUCUGGACCCUGACGUCCCUAUUCCCAGCACAGAAGACUCGGCGGAGGACGAGAUCGAUCACAAUGCUUAUUUGCAUCACGAAGACGAGCAAGAUGAUGACAUGUCGAUCACAGACUACUAUCAACGCUCUGAGUCUGGGGUCGAAGACAUCGACGAGGAUGGCAAGGAUGAUGCUGAGAAGGUCGACGACUCCAGCAGCAAUUAUUCUGGUCCCGACCUGCCACCCACUCCUCAGGAGGAGAAGUCAGAAGAAGAGCAAUUGACGACGCCUCGGGCUGCAUCUCCUACGCAACAAGAGUCAUCGAUCGAUACCAUCACGGAGAAAGACCUCCCAGAACUCCCCACCAACCAGAAGCAUAACCCGUUUACUGACGAUCUGCAAUCAUUUAUGCUUCCGAAACCCGAUGAGGCUGAUGCCCCCCAGGAGACUGAGGUGCCCGCCUUGCAGAGCCCAUUCAGACCGAAGCUUACUCUGUCCAAGCCAGAGUACGAUGGUUCCGGUUGGGGUGAGCCCGAUGAGGACGACGAGGAGCCUAAGACGCCAGACUCUGUCAUCCAUCGCCCUUUGCCAUCCUAUGACGAGGAGGAGGAGCUAGAGGAAGAGCGAAACUCUCCAGCAAUCCCCGAGACUGUGGCCACCAUCAAGUCUGCUGCAGGGUCGAGACUGAAGACUCGCCCUUCCGCCACGCCCUCCGACAUUGCGGCAAUGAGGGAGCAGAGACGCCAAGUUAGCUGCGAGGUGCCCAACAUCCCCCAGAUUCCCGACCGCCAUCGUAAUCGCAUGUCACGAGACAUGGACUCCGAGCAGCAUCUUGCCCCGGACGUGACGGGCGACGAGUACAUGCAGCGACACCCCAGCUUCAAGAGUCGCAGUCUCACUCUAGACCUUGACCUUGGUCUCAGUCUCGACCAGGACUUUGAGCGAGUGAUCGAAGCACAAAAGCGAGGCUACCUCAUGCGACAGAACACCAAGGUUGUCGCAGCGAGCGACAAAGACAACGAAGAUCUGCGCCCUUCCACCCGCUCUGCUGGCAACUCUCCAGUGAAGCAGACACGGCCCCAGUCAUGGACUGUCGAACCUUGGAAUGGCCAGAUUAGGAAGAAGAGCCUCCGGAAGAGACACACAAGUAAUGGCCCGGUCCCUCCGUUGCCCGGGCAGGAAAGCAACGCUGCCCCAAUGAGCACGCUGGUAGAGGAAGACGCGAGUACAGACAUCUCAGCCGAAGAGAGCGGUGAGCGAGGCAGAGUGUUUGUGAAGGUGAUGGGUGUCAAGGAUCUUGACUUGCCCAUGCCCAAGAACGAGCGCACUUGGUUCAGCCUUACCCUCGACAACGGUGUACAUUGCGUUACUACCGCAUGGCUCGAGCUGGCGAGAAAUGCCCCCAUUGGCCAGGAGUUCGAACUGGUCGUCCCUAAUGACCUCGAGUUCCAGCUCACCCUGAACGUCAAAUUGGAGAGGCCCCCACCUCAGCGGAUGGCUCAAUCUCCUGCCUCACCGCGCAAGACCAAGACGUCGACCUUCAGCCGUGUUUUUGCGUCACCAAAGAAGCGCAAGGAGAUGGAGCUGCGGCAGAAGGAGGAAGAUGAGCGGCUCGCUCGACAACAGCGAGAAGCUAACGCCAGGAAGACCGCCGCCAAUCCCACGGCCUGGGACCUUCUCUCACCUCUGGCCGCCGAGGAUGGCAGCUUUGCUCGUGCUUAUGUCUGUCUCAAGGAGCACGAAACGCGGUGCUUUGGUCGUCCCUACGUGGUUGACGUUGCCUGCUUCAACGAGUGGGCUACAGAGGAGGCCGGGUUCGCUUCAAGCGUGAAGAGCAAGCGAGGUAGUACCUCUGUUGUUCGCAAGGCCCCGUACAAGAUCGGAAAGCUCGAGCUCCAGCUCCUCUUCGUUCCGAGACCGAAGGGUGCCACCGACGACGACAUGCCUAAGAGCAUGAACUCCUGCAUCCGUGAGAUGAAGGCUGCCGAGGAACGCCGAUCCCGCAACUGGGAGGGACAUCUGAGCCAACAAGGUGGAGAUUGCCCAUACUGGCGUCGCCGCUACUUCAAGCUUGUUGGCACCAAGUUGACUGCGUACCAUGAGGCCACACGGCAGCCACGUGCCACCAUCAACCUCGCAAAUGCCAAGCGACUCAUCGACGACCGCAGAGCCCUGACUGAGAAGGAGAUCACCGGCAAGAACGGGAAGCGUCGCCGGUCAGCCUUUGCCGAGGAGGAAGAGGCUUACAUGUUCGUGGAGGAGGGAUUCCGGGUCCGAUUCAACAACGGCGAGAUCAUCGACUUCUACGCCGACAGCCCCGAGGACAAGGAAGGCUGGUUGAAGGUCCUGUCGGAUGUCAUUGGCCGUGACAACUUCGGUAAUGACGAAGACGGCCUCGUUGGUUCUUCCCGGGCCAAGGGCAAGUGGUGUGAUCUCGUCCUUAAGCGGGAAGAUACACUACGCCGCCGAGCUGAGGGUCGACGCCCCAGUCAUGGCCGAACCAAGAGCAGCCUGGUUUGA